CGGAGCCACUCGGCCAGACAGCGCGUCUCAAAGGGGGGUUCAACACAGAAACUAACCAAAGUGUAUGUUCUGUCCCGCGAACACCCCCCCUUUACCUAUAUACAGUUGUAAACAAUUAGCAUUAUUAGCUAGUCUUGGCCUCUGCCGUCAGUAUUAGGGGAGAGUAAAUAAAAAAGGCGAGGAUGUUGGUCCCCGCGGGAAGAUAAUGAAGAAGCUGCGCGUGUUGUUGCUGUGCGCCGUUUUAGUUCUCCUGUGCUGGCACUCGUGUCGUCAUGUUUAUUGUUCAGAAGAGAUCUCCUCUGGCCCAGGACUCCCCGCACAGGAUGACAGCCGUUACACAACGGAGGAAUCAGGGACUGAUAAAAAGGUUGAGGAGGAAAGGGCGACACGCACUCAGUCAUCGCACAGCGUGGGCCUGGAGACCGAGACUGCUGCACUAAAGGAAACUCCAUUGCACUCACAAGACACCCCACACGAGCACAAACAGACUGUGAAUUUAGAAGAAGUGUUGGAGGAUCAGCAGAUUCAGCUUGAUUCUGCUCUCCCUGAGCUAGAACAACAACAGCAGCAGCAGCAACCAGAACCCCAGAACACCCAACAACAAGACCAACAACAGCAGUCAGCUCAACCACCAACACUCACACAGCCCCAAACAGCACCGCAUCUGUCCCAGACCCAGCCAGACCCUGAAACUCCACAGGCCACUGCAACAGAGGACCAGGCUGCCCAUGCCACCACUGCUUUGACCCCUCCACAGAGUGACCCACACGGAGAAGACCCCUCUGCACCUGCUGCUGAACUCCAGAAGAGCCCAGAGCCGGCCUCACCUACCUCAGCCUCCUCCUCCGAGAGCCCCUCCAGUGGACUAGACGUUCCGCAUCCUGAUGCCCCCGUAGAGAACUCUAGUGCCAGUCAGUGUGAGGUGGGCUCUGUGCCCCCCUUCAGUCAACCCCUUGACACAACACUCACCAGUGUUGUGGAGGAACAUGCAGAGAACCAGUCCACCACUUUGGGACAGAGUACAGAGACCAGUGCUGACCCGACUGCCUCUCUGGUCCCGAGUGAGCUGGACCUCACAGAGACGGGGCAGACCGACAGUAUCCUUCCACCUACAGAAAGCCCGCAGCAGGUGGUGGACCACGAGGGAAGUCCAGACCCUCCAGUGCCCAGUAAAGAAGACAUCCCCACCUUCGAUGAGUGGAAGAAGAAAGUGAUGGAAGUAGAGGAGAAGAAAAGUCAGUCUCUGCACACUUCAUCAAAUGGAAGCCCUCAUCCUGUCAAAAAGGUUCAAAAGAAUUUCAAGAAUAACUACGCUUCUGUCGAAUGUGGGGCCAAAAUCCUCUCGGCGAACAAUGAGGCCAAGAGCACAUCUGCUAUCCUGAUGGAGAAUAUGGAUCUGUACAUGCUGAACCCCUGCAGUACCAAGAUCUGGUUUGUAAUUGAGCUCUGUGAGCCAAUCCAAGUGAAGCAGCUGGACAUAGCAAACUUUGAGCUGUUCUCAUCUACGCCGAAAGAUUUCCUUGUGUCCAUAAGUGACAGGUAUCCGACCAAUAAGUGGAUCAAGCUGGGCACCUUUCACGCCCGUGAUGAACGCACAGUACAGAGUUUCCCUCUGGAUGAGCAACUCUAUGCCAAAUAUGUCAAGAUGUUCAUCAAAUACAUCAAGGUUGAGCUGCUGUCCCAUUUCGGCUCUGAACACUUCUGUCCACUCAGCCUGAUCAGGGUGUUUGGCACCAGUAUGGUGGAAGAGUAUGACGAGAUAGCCGACUCUCAGUACACCUCAGAGAGAACCGAGUAUCUGGAUGAAGACUAUGAUUACCCACCCGGCUACAUGCCGUCAGAGGACAAGGCAUCAAAGAAUCUGCUAGGCUCUGCCACAAACGCCAUCCUGAACAUGGUAAACAACAUUGCAGCAAAUGUGCUUGGAGGGAAACCAGAGCUGGAGGACGGAGCUGAAAUGGAAGGAAACGUUUCCUCUGGGACAGAAAACGUCACCCAGGAUUCAACAGAAACCACACUCACACCAGAUCCCACCCCCACUGAGCAGCCCGUUACGCUGGAUAUUCUUGAGUUGGAUCCUACUCUAGUGAAGGACGACUCAGAGGAUCCUGUUCCUGAAGCUCCUUCAGAACCUCCCCCCGAGGAGAGCCGUAUCGUCAUCCUCAUCGAGGAGGAUGAAGAGGUCACCCAGCCAACGGUGACCUUGCUGGAGGAGGAGCAAGAGGAGGAGAAAAGACCAGAGGAGAUAUGGGAGACGGAGAGCGCCACAUAUUGCGGCCACCUCUCGACUUUGUCCUGCUUAGCGUCUCUGCACGAACACUUCUACUGCUACUGUUCGGCAGCUUUAGCACUGCAGCGUCAGCGUAGAGACCGCCGCCACAAAACACAGCACGCACACACUGACACAGACACUCAAACUGCCCCUCAGCAGUCCGUCUCUGCCACCACCCCAACCCAAGAGCCCCCUGCGCCCUCUGAAAAACUUCCAGAAGCAGAGCGCCCCUCUCAAGCACAAACCGAAAGGAUUUCCCCCACUGAAACAGUGGCUGCUCCGCCUCAGUCCUCCAGUUGGGAAUCUGCAGAGAGCGAGCGGGAGCUCCCACCUGAGACCAUCAUCUUGGAGCCCAGCCACACCUCCACUCUUCCCCCACAUAGCUUCUCCGACACCCCCACCCAAAACAUUCCCGAGUCCCUUCCUGUGGGACAGCCUGUGGACCAACAUCCGCAGUACCCGGUGGACAUCCCAGAGACCCGCGCCAGUGGGAGCAUCUGCAGUAGCGCCCAGUCUCCCACCUCCUCAAUGCUCUCCUCCACCACCACUGAAACCAGCAGCCCAGAGACGGACCCUCCCAUACUGGAGCUUCCCGUCCCCACCAAAGAGCAGACGGUUCAGCCUAUGCUUACACACACCCGCCCCGCUGACAUCCCGCCUCCUACCGAACUUCCCAUCCCGCUUCCAGAGGCUUCAGAUAACGGCAGGGCCACAGGGGCUGAAGACCCUCACCACAGUGCUGUGGCCUCCCAACCCGAGCUUUCCGAAGUCCUUCUGUCUCAACAAGAGGAGGCGGUAGAUGACAUUCUGCUCCCGCACCGCACCGCCGGAGACUUUUAUGCAGAGCAGCAGCAAUCGGUGGAAAUGGGACACGGGAAUGGAAAUGGGAAUCAGGUGCAUGGAUCUAACCAGAAGGAAUCAGUGUUCAUGAGAUUGAACAACAGAAUUAAAGCACUGGAGAUGAACAUGUCCCUCAGCAGCAGAUAUCUGGAGGAGCUUAGCCAGAGGUAUCGCAAACAGAUGGAGGAGAUGCAGCGGGCUUUCAACAAGACCAUCAUCAAACUGCAGAACACCUCCAGAAUUGCAGAAGAGCAGGACCAGAAACAGACCGAGUCUAUACAGAUGUUGCAGAGCCAGCUGGAGAAUGCCACCAAGAUCAUGCUGAACCUGUCUGCCACCGUUGCUCAGCUCCAGCGAGAGGUUUCUGACAGACAGAGUUAUUUGGUGUUAUCUCUGAUCCUGUGUCUGACGCUGGGAUUGCUGCUCUGUAUGCAGUGCUGCAGGAGCUCACCCAAUCACAACACCAGCUCAGUCAUUCCCGUGAGCAACCACUACCCCAGCCCUAAGAGGUGUUUUUCCUCAUAUGAUGAUAUGAGUCUGAAACGGAGAGUUUCUUGCCCUCUCGUUCGCUCUAAGUCAUUUCAGCUGCCUACAUCAGAAGUAGGUCCUGAUGACUUGUACAUUGUAGAACCUCUAAGGUUUUCUCCAGAGAAAAAGAAGAAACGCUGCAAGACAAAAGCAGGGGACCGAGUGGAGACGCUCGGCGCCUCCGUCCCCUCAGUGCCAGCUGUUAACGGUGAGCCCAGGUGCAACGGCGAAUCAUCUUGUUCUCUUCGCUUCCUGCCGUCGACGUGCAACGGCUUCACGUCCAGAGACUGCGCGUCAGAGGAGAGCUCCGCUUCCACGCUGUCCGAGGAGUCUUUCGGCUGCGCCCCUGUGAUGAACGGACUCUGCAACGGGGCGCCUCCGCCCAAGAGCAAGGUGGAUAAGAGGUCUCUGAAGCGGCGGCGGUCCAGGAACGCGGAGCAGCAGCCGGAGGAGAUGAUGAACUCGCCUGUGUUUCCUGUGACCGUCAUGCCGGCGCUGCAGGAACUUAUGAAGGGAAAGGACACGUUUGGAAGGACGGCUGUAACGGGACGAGUUUGAGUUUUUCCUUUUCUUAUUCCAUCGCACCAUCGCUUUGAGAUUUUAUUGUCAGUGGCGAUCCUGACGCCAUCUUCACUACAUCCUGGUUCACAGGACUUUGGUUAUGUGCCUUUUUUUUCCAUUCGGGAUCGUUUUUGUUAUUCCCUUUAAGUUUUUUUGUUUUGUUUAAUUCUUCUAGGGAAUAUUAUGACUGAUAAACAUUCGCAAGUAUGAGUGAGUCUUGAUGUUGUCAUCUCUCAUUUAGAGAGAUGAGAGAUGCGCCGCAUCACCGUGACCAUGUGACCCGUCGAUGCCGGCGGCCCCCGCAUCUUUCUUUACACUAACAUGACCUCUUUCACUGUCCCUUUAACGCUCACGCUCACCUCCCUCGAUCCAAAUGAAAUGCUUGCACAUGUGAGUGUGUGACUCUGCAGCAGUCGUCGUCUGUGGUUGGUUUGUGGGACCAGUGAUGUCACAUUGCACAGGGCUUCAAUCCAGUGAACAGAGCUGAAUGAUGAACAGAUCCAGUCAUUGUUAAUUCUCUUUUCAGUUCUUUUAGAGCCAAAUUAUGGCCUGUUUCUCUCACCAUCUAGUGUGACCAACGAGUUCAGGCUGGGCCUGAACACACACACACACACACACACAGCAUCUCAUGCUCAGUAUCCAGCUCUUUCAAGUACGUUUACAGCUCAUUUUCUUCAUGUUCAGUAGAGCCGGCAUUAAAGACACAUGUAGAAAUUAGUAUAAUUUCUUAUAAUUUUUCACACUUUAUAUGUACACAGGAGUUUAGAGGGGACAUGUUAUUUUUUUUUUGCGGUAAUUAUUUAUGUAUUUAUUUAUUUAAAUGUGACCCAGGCUCUAUGAGAUUAUGGUCAUGUGACAUAUAUCGACAUACAUAUUGCAGUGGCCCCUCCAACCUCCAUGUUUAGAUUUAUUACAGAUGCACACAAGUGGUACGACAACAUCUUCCUGUUCUCUUUACACACCGUCUUUUUUUCCUUUUCUUUUGAGAAAGCUGGACUCUGAUCGAUUUCGAAUGAAAUUAUUUAGUAAAAUGUAUUUGAUUUAUUCAUUUAUUUUCCAUUCAAAUCAAAUGAAAUGUCAGAUAUAUCCAUUCUAACGCUCAUAAUGUGAUCAUGGAGACCCGUCUGGCUGUGAUUCGCUCUUCCUCGCUGGAUCUGUUCGGAUGAGCUUUGAGUUUCUGGAUUCAGGUGAAUCAUAAGAAUGCCCAAGCUCUCGUAUUUGCGCAAAUAUUAUGCAUGUCCAGCAAAGCAACCCUCUGGUCUGUCCUGCCUGUCAUGCGUCUUCUCUACUCACACACUCCCUCUUAUCACACUUUCUAUGUAUGUGUGUUUGCUGCUUUCAUAGUUGUUUUAAUGCACCCAAGAGACCAUUUGACAUCCCAGUGGAGUUUCUAUGUGUCACACUUGUGUGUUUUAUGUGGUGUCUAAGAUUGUGAUUGUUUUUGUUUCAUGCAGACGAUCCCAUCAUUGACCUUUUAUCAAACUGGGGUUUAGGAGAAUGUGAAUUCAUGUCACUUAUUUCAAUAGAAGGGAAAGAUUGGGAUGGCGUACGGUGGACCAUCUCUGUGUGAUUUCCAUGACGCAUUUUCCACUUUGAAACGUUUUACUACCUUUCUCCUUGUUUUUGAAUGCUAAUUGAUAUAUGCUUGUGGAUUUUGUGUUUAAGUAUGGAUGUUUUUUUCUCAACCGGUGUGUAUGUUGAUGAGUAUUUUUGAGCUGAAUUGUUCCAGUAUCCCAGUGAGUAGAGACCCCAGCAUGUGUCUCUCCUGUGCACUUUGGAGAACUCCACAUGCCUUGUUCUUUUUUUGUUGUUGUUUGUUUUUUGUUUGUUUGUUUUUUACUCCACACCUUGUACAAGUGCUUUUUCGAACCAGGCUUUUCCUAGUAUGGCGCCCUCUAGUGGCUAAUGCCUGAUUUAUUAAAACGUCCGCUAGGUGGCGCCCAAAUGAAAUCUCUAGUCUGUGAGAACGAACUGCACAGUAUUUGAUUUUUUUGUUCUUUUUCAAUUGUAACUACAGCGGUGUAGUGCCAUUAGAAACUGUGAAUUUAUAAAUAAAACACUUUGCUGUCUUUA